AGAAAGACAAGAAGCUGACCCCAGCUCUAUUCCAUGGUAUGAGUCCCUAGACCCUUAUAUGAGCUCUCUUCCUUGGGAUGAACAGGUAGAAUUAGAGGAAAAGCGAUUGGAAGAAAUGGAGAAUGAAAAUCUUAUGAACAGAGAAAAGAUUAAGAUCCUGACAGAAGAAAAUGAGAGAAAGAGCGCUGAAUUAGAAAAAUUAUCCUACCAGCUUCAGGAAAGGAAAAGUAUUAUUGAGGAGAAACAAUGGGCUCUCCAAGAUAAGAAGAAUCACAAGCUCCAAGAAAAGCUUGAUGGAGCUCUGGAAAAAAUUCAAGAUCUGCUCCAAAAGGAGAAAAAAGAGAGCAUUAAAGGGGAUAAAAUGCUCAAGAAGAAUCAGGAGCUCCAAGAAAAGCUUGAUGGAGCUCUGGAAAAAAUUCAAGAUCUGCUCCAAAAGGAGAAAAAAGAGAGCAUAAAACAGGAAAACAUGGUCAAGAAGAAUCAGGAGCUCCAAGAGAAGCUUGACGAAGCUCUGGAAAAACUGGAAGAAAUCCACCAAGAAGAGAAGCAACAGUCCACACAGCAGAGAGACCUGCAGAGCAAACUCCAAGCCAUGGAGGAAAAAUACAAAGCGCUGCAGGUGAAACGUGAUAAAACUCUGCACAAAAGUCAACAGUUGCUUCAAGACAAGAAGCAAAUGGAAAUGAAACAGAAAGAAAUGGACUCCAAGCUUGACGAGAUGGAGGAAAAACACAGAUUGCUCCAAAUCAAGCUUGAGAAAACAGUGCACAAAAACAAAGAGUUCAUUCAAGAGAGAGAGCAACAAGAAAUGCUCGAGAAAGAAACAGACUCCAAGCUUGAAGUCUUGGAGGAAAAACUGAAAAUGCUGCAAAUAACUCAUGAGGAAACACUGCUCAAAAAUAAAGAGAUGCUUCAUGAGAAAGACCAACAGAAAAUACAAAAGGAAGAAAUGGAUUGCAAGCUGAGGAACAUCGAGAAGCAAAAUGAAGGCUUGCAAGUAAUGCUUGAAGAAGCUCUGGAGAGAAAUAAGGAGAUCCUCCAAGACAAGAAACAAGAGCCCGUAGAGCAGAGAGACCUGCAGAGCAAACUCCAAGCCAUGGAGGAAAAAUACAAAGCUCUGCAGGUGAAGCAUGACAAAACUCUGCGCAAAAGUCAACAGUUGCUUCAAGACAAGAAGCAAAUGGAAAUGAAACAGAAGAAAUGGACUCCAAGCUUGACGAGAUGGAGGAAAAACACAGAUUGCUUCAAGUCAGGCUCGAUAAAAAAGUGCACAGAAAUAAAGAGUUCGUUCAAGAGAGAGAGCAACAAGGAAUGCUCGAGAAAGAAACGGACCGCAAGUUUGAAGUCUUGGAGGAAAAAUGCAAAAUGCUCCAAAUAACUCUUGAGGAAACACUGCUCAAAAAUAAAGAGUUGCUUCACGAGAAAGACCAACAGAAAAUACAAAAGGAAGAAAUGGAUUGCAAGCUGAGGAACAUCGAGAAACAAAAUGAAGGCUUGCAAGUAAUACUCGAUGAAGCUCUGGAGAAAAUAAAGAGAUCCUCCAAGACAAGAAACAAGAGCCCGUAGAGCAGAGAGACCUGCAGAGCAAACUCCAAGCCAUGGAGGAAAAAUACAAAGCUCUGCAGGUGAAGCAUGACAAAACUCUGCACAAAAGUCAACAGUUGCUUCAAGACAAGAAGCA